AUGGCAUUUCGAGGCGAGCGCUUCGUGCUCGACCUAGACGAGAACUCCAGUCCACCGGAAGCUGCUGCGGCUGUGCCGUCCCCGUUCUCCCUCAUCGGCGAAAUCCAGGAACGCGCUCCUGCCGCCGCCCCGUCCGCUCCAACCCCACCGGCGCCGUCGCUGUCCUCGACCGGCUUCCCGCCUCAUCGCCAGCGCAACAAGACGUCUGCUUUUAAACAGCGACGGGCGAAACAGCAAGAUGCGCCGAAACCCGCGGCACAGCCGGCAGCACCGGACGACAAGCAGUCGAUUGACGAGGAGAACCGCCGCCAGCUGGCGUCCAUGUCGAACGCGCAGAUCCAGCAGGAGCGUGAAGAGCUGAUGGCCUCCAUGGAUCCGGGUCUGUUGCAGCGCUUUCUGCGCCGUGCUAAGAUAGACGAGGAUGACAAAACGGGAGAUGCAGCCCCGACAUCAGAAGAUCCGUCGACAUCAUCCAAGCCGAAAAAGUCGGUUUCCUUCGAUAUACCUCCACCCGCCUCGGCCGCACCACAACCACAACUCCAGUCUACUUCAAAAACGCCUGCCCAUGAUGACACGCCCCCGACAAACCUCCCAUUCGACCUGCACCCGGCAUCCGAACGCCCAUCCCUCGACCCAGCCAUGCUAGAAACCUUCCACUUCCCGCAACCAAAGCAACCAAUGCCAACUCUCGACCCAUCGUCCCCCUCCUUCUUAUCCGAUCUCCAAUCCCACUACUUCCCCGAGAUGUCACACGACCCGUCCGCGCUCUCCUGGCUCCAACCACCCUCCAGCGACGCAGAAGACCCAGACAGCAGCUCAGCAUACCACCCCGCCAGCAGCGCAAUUUCGCUCGCACCAUCAUCAAUCCGUUUCUCGUUGCGAGGUACAAUCCUCGCGCCCUCGACAUCACUCUCCCUCCCCACAACACUGGGCUUACACCAUCACGGGGACGAUCCGCAGGCGGCGGGGUAUACGAUUCCCGAACUGGCGAUUCUGUCGCGAUCUUCGUUUCCCGCGCAGCGAUGUGUUGCAUGGCAGGUUCUCGGACGGAUUCUGUUUCGGCUUGGGCGGGCGGAGUUCGGGGAUCGCGGCGGGCAGUUGUCGGAGGGGCUGUGGCAUGUUAUUGAGAAGGAGGGCGUGGUGGGUGGGAUGCUAGCUGAAGCGGAUGGGGCUGCUGGGCUGGGGUUGCCGGGGAAGAAGACUCAACAGCAACGAGGUGGAGAGCAGAAAGGGAAGAGUGAGAAUGAUCCUACUGGUGGUGAUGCACCUGCUGCUUCGGGCAUCGGACGCCAUGCUAGUGCCGCUGCAUGGGCGGUUGAGGGUGUGUGGUUGUGGCAGAAGGGUGGCGGUAGUGAUCGUGGUCUAUUGAAAGAGGGCCAGAUUCGAUCACAGUAG